UUCCUUCCCGGUUCCCACUACACGGCUACACCAGUCUUUGCCCUUCCUUUUCUCUAUUUCCCUCCCGUAUACUGUAACAAUUGACAAACCCCUUUUUUUUCCUGAGAAAGCUUCGUUCACUCGAACUCUUUUCUCACUCUCGCCGUCUUCACUCGCUCUCCCGGAAAAUCUCCGUUAAGCUUCCACCUUUCCUCCCUUCUUCUACCUUGGGCUUCCCUCCCGGUUGCUGCUUGAGCGGACAUGGCUGGGCGUCUCUGAGAUUAUCCGAUAAAUUUCACGAGGUCUAUGCAUGGAAGGGGUUCGAAGUUUGCUUAAGUUACUGAUGCGAAUAAAACUUUGCCAUGCCACUCAAUCCAUCUACCAGUGCAAAAUUUUGCUGCAAAUAAGUGGAUCUUUGGCAGUUUAAAUAGGGUGGAUAGCACAACAAAUGUUUUUGGGGAUAGCUAUGAAAAUCUUCUAGGAAUUGGCUAAGGAAUCACUCCGUGAAACAAAUCUCCGCAAUUCUUUGAUGCUCAAUGCUCUAAGAAGGCUGGAGAAGGAUUGAAGUCAUGCACCUUUUUCCAUAGGAAGCAACAGGGCUGUAGUUUUGCUCAUUGUGCAGAAGCUAGCAUUCCCAUUGGCUGGAAGAAUGUUGUGAAACUAAAUUCUGUGUAGCUAUAGCAUCUAUGUUCGUUAGAGGAAUUCUUGCUGUGUGCAGCAUUCAAUGAGAGAAGGAAUUGCUUAUCACAAAAUGAGCGGUGGCAGUGGUGGUCGAAAGCGCAGCUCUAAGUGGGAUUUGAAAGAAGAGUCUCGAACUUCCUUCGAAAAUAAGCACAGUGACAAUUCUUGGUCCGGUAAAGCAGCAGGUACAACUUAUCACGAGACUGAUGGUAGUAACCGAAGCAGGUGGUCGACUGUGGAACCUAGAAGAAGCUCACAUGGAGAAGAUCUGGUUGAUGAUGAAUUUGGCAGAUCCUCCAAAACGAUGGGUGCACGGGAAAGAGAUGAAGGUUAUGGGUCAAGUCGUCGCCACUCUCCUAAUAAAGAAUGGAAAAGACCAAGAAGAAGCAGAAGCCGUAGCAGGAGUCCGAUUCGGCGCGAGUCGGGGACUACUGACCGAGGUAGAAGCCGAUCAAGUCAAUCAUCUCAGAUAUGCAAGGAAUUUUCUGCUGGGAAAUGCAGGAGAGGCAACCACUGUCACUUUCUUCACGAAGGUGGUGAGAGUUAUGAAGAUAGCUAUGAUGGACGGAGGAAAGCUCUACCGUUGAGAUAUUCUAAUGACGCCGAGGAUUACCCUAGUGGUAGUAGUGGACAAAGUACUGGAGGUGUGUGCAGUGAUUUUCUCAAGGGAUACUGCAGAAGAGGAGCAUCCUGCAGGUUGUCCCAUCCCGAUCCCUCUGCUAAAGGGCCCACCACCAAUGAGUUGAUUCGGGAGAGAGAUAAUAUCGACAGAAGGACCCACCGUGGCAGUUCUCCUCUAGAUAGACAUGAUGAGCAGCAGAGUCGUGGUAGAGCUACAGAGACACCUUGCAGAUACUUUGCUGCUGGUAAUUGUAGGAAAGGAAGGAAUUGCUGGUUCUCUCAUCAGGGUCAACAGGUUAAUUCGAGUCCUGAGAAUAGGAGACCGAGGAAUGAGAGGCGGUUGAUGGAACCAAUUGUGGACGAUAAUCAGGACAAAAGGUGGGAUGGCUUGAAAUGGAGCGACGUGGAUAAUUAUUCGAAGUCAAGCAGGGAUGUGGAGAAACCAUGGAAUGGUGAAAAAUAUAGCAAUCGGGUUAAUCCUUCAGAUGCUGCAAAGCCUAGUGAUGCCGGAACAACAGUCAAACCGUGGUCUUUGAAUAAUCCACAUGGUCGAAGUUUGGAUGGUCAAACCGCAAGAGAUCAUCACCAGUCACCAGCUAAUAUCAUCGAGGGUGGCAGAAAUGAAACCCUCAUGGUGAAAGGGGGAAAUGCCAGUGAUAACCGUCACUUUCCUGAACAAAGUAUGAAUAAUGAUUGGGCAGGUGAUAUGGAGAUGUCUCCUGAAUGGAACUAUGGACCUUCUAACCAUAUAGAUAAGGGGCCACCACCACCCAGCACAGAGGUCUCAGCAGCCAUCCAGCCAUUGAGACACGAUACGUCUUCCAUUCAGCAUAACUACUACUCAAGGGAUACGAAUGGUGCACCUAGAGAAGUCAAUGGCCUUCAUACCAACAGUUCUGGAAGCAUCUUGGGUGCACCGAGCUUAAAUCCUAGUAAUGGUCUGAGUAUGAAUAAUUUACCGGCUCUUCUUCCAAGCAUGAACUCAGUUGAGCAAAACCGAGUGGGGACCGCGAGAAACCCUAUGAGCCCGACAGUUAUGAAUAUAGGAGGACAAGGCAUCAACAACAUGCAAGCUAUGGGUGACAGAAGUGCCGCAGCUGUCAAUUCAAGCUUAAACCCUAAUGGUCCGAGCGUGAAUGCUUUGCCCCCGCUUCUUCCAAGUAUGAACACAGUUGAGCAAAGCCGAUUGGGGAGCACUCAGAUGAACCCUAUGAGCCCGACACUGUUGAAUAUUGGAGGACAAGGCAUCAACAGCUUGCAAGCUAUGGGCAACAGAAGCGGGCAGGCUGUCAAUUCGAGCAUUCCUCGGACUCAGAACAUGGUCAGUGAUGGUCGGGUUGCUGAGCUCACCAACUCGAUUGCGAUGUUUCUUGCUCCACAGCUUUUUGCGGCUCCUAGCUCUAAUCAAGUUAGUGUUGUGGCUCAGAUUGCAAAUCCCGAGCUCUCUGCUAAACUAGAUCAAGCCGUUAUACCGCAGAAGCAAUAUGACCCUAUAAGUGACAGCAUUGAACCUGAGAAUAAAGAGAAGAGCACUGGAGAUGAUGAAGAAGCUCAAAUGGCUGCCCUGAAUGGUAGUCGAGAAGAAGCACCUAAUCUGAAACCUGGUGCAGUCUCUGAAGUUGUGAAGGAAAGUAGUGGCAAGAAGGCUGCCAAGGGUGCCAGCAAAGUUAAGGAGAGUAAACCGGAAGAAGACGACGACGACAUUGAUGGAGAUGCUAAAGGCGACGAGGGAAAGAAAAACAAAGAACCCAAGGGGAUUCGAGCAUUCAAGUUUGCACUUGUGGAGUUUGUGAAGGAAGCUUUGAAGCCCUCAUGGAAGGAAGGGCAAGUGACCAAAGAUUCUUACAAAAACAUAGUGAAGAAAGUGGUGGAGAAAGUGAGUGGUACAGUGCAGGCUAGCAGCAUACCCCAGACACCAGAAAAGAUCGAACUUUAUCUGUCGUCUUCAAAGCCAAAGUUGACCAAACUUGUACAGGCUUACGUAGAAAAGUUCCAGAAGGGUAAAUGAAAAACGGGGACGAAUCCCUGAGGAUGUUUGUUUCCAUCAAUCUUUAGCUGGCCAUUUGUGACAUAGCAGAGGAUGAUAUAAUCUUAUGGAGAUGUUUGUGAAUCUAUUGCCUUAAUUUUCUCAACUAAUUUGGGCUUUAGCUUUAAUUUGCUUCUUUUUAUUCUUCUAUUUUAUCAACUCUUAGGAACGAUGGCAUGUAGAGUCAGUCAAGUAAAACAGUUUUUCAUGUUGCAAGCUCCUGCUGUGCCUGUGCUUCUUCAGUUUGGUUUAAGAUGGAAAAUUGAUGAAUCUCUUAAUGCCUUAGGCCGUGUUGAGGUUCUUCUUCUUCUGGGUGUAUGUUUUUCUGCAGAUUGGAUGGAUUUCAUUGGUUAAGAUUUUAGAUGGAAUGGAUUUACUGAGAGUGCUUCUUCGUGUAUAAAAAAGUUUGAUGAUUUGAAGUCAUUUGUUCAUGGAGACUGCUUCUUGAAAAUGCAGCA